CACUCAAAAUCUAAACCAAAAUCAAAAACUAACAUGAUGAUGAGAAUGAUGUGUAACAACAACAACAACAGAGGAAGGAAAUUCUCACACAUUCCAAAUCUUCUUCAUCUUCCUCAUGGGAACUCUUUCUCCAAACUCUCUUUCACCACUUCUUAACAUCAAACCUUCACCUUCUCUUCAACCCAAAUCAAAUUCACUCGUUUGCUACAAACCCAUUGUUUCAUCUCUCAAAAAGAAUCAAACUUUAUCUCUAAAAUCACCAUCUCUUCCUUCAUCUACAGCAUGGUUCACUCAUGCUCAACAGGGUCUUGCAGCUUUAGCUAUUACCUUAGCACUUAACUUUAGCCCAGUUAUGCUUAGUGGUGAUGCAUUGGCAUCUGAAUUUGAUGUGAUUAAUGAAGGGCCACCUAAAGAUUCUUAUGUUGUUGAUGAUGCUGGUGUUCUUAGUAGAGUCACUAGGUCUGAUUUGAAACGGUUGUUGACUGAUUUGGAAUCAAGGAAGAAAUUUCAUAUCAAUUUUAUUACACUUAGAAAACUCACGAGUAAAGCUGAUGCUUUUGAGUUUGCGGACCAAAUUUUGGAGCGUUGGUAUCCUUCUGUCGAAGAGGGCAACGAUAAGGGUGUUGUGGUUCUUGUAACAAGUCAGAAAGAAGGAGCAGUUACUGGUGGACCUGCUUUUGUUCAAGCUGUAGGAGAAAAGAUCCUUGACGCUACCGUUUCAGAGAAUCUUCCAGUAUUGGCUACGGAUGAGAAGUACAAUGAAGCGAUUUACAGCACAGCUAAACGACUAGUUGCUGCCAUUGACGGACUUCCAGAUCCGGGUGGUCCCUCAGUUAAAGACGACAAACGCGAGUCUAACUACAAAACAAAGCAAGAGACGGAAGACAAGCGUGGACAAUUCUCUCUUGUAGUUGGAGGUUUGUUGGUUGUUGCAUUUGUUGUUCCUAUGUUACAAUACUUUGCUUAUGUAGCCAAAGAAUAAGAGAAUGAAUGAUGGUUAUGAAACUAGAUAUGUCUUCCAAAUUAUCACUCUUUGAAUUCAGAUGUAUAAUGCACAGUUGUAUCUGAGCUCAUGUUAAAAUUGAGUUUAAGAAAAAUGACAAAUAAGAACAAAGUUUUUUUGGCUUGUAAA